UGAAAUCUAACAAAAGCAUGUUUCCGGAGGUGCUUGAGCUUUUGGGGCCAACCAAUCUUUGGGGCCAACCAAUCUGCUUUGCUCUGCUUCAAAAUUUCGAAGCUGUGGGUCUGCUCUGAAUUGGUUUGUGCUUCAGUUGCUGUGGGCAAAUUGAUUCCUCUCUUAUGUGUGUUUGCAGCUGUGACCAGCGGAGCUAAUGCGUGAUAAGUAAUGGCAAGAAGCCGGCCUUGUGGCAGGUCCAAGUCUGAUCAUAGGGACUGCCAGGCUGCACGCUUCGCACGCGCUGCAGAGUAUAGGGAGCGCAUCACAAUCAGUGCAGAAAGGCAAGAGAUUCUGAUCGCUGCUGUCAAUGCGCAGAGCGAUGAUGCACCUGCCCCUCGUCGCCGGCGGUGCCAGCAGUCAAAGGGACUGAAGCAUGAGGGGAAGCCUGCUCGCAAGUCCCCACAAGGCCAAUUCUUCAGCGCUGCUGAUCAGAAAGCGAAGCGGCAGAAUGCGCGGGUGCUCAAAGAAGCUUUGGAUUGGGCUGCAGAACGCAACCCGCAUGCCAUUCACUGCCGCGAGUGCGACACGACCGCAGAAUAUGGGCUCUGCGGGAGCAAGAGGGGAGGGGCUGUUACAUACUUCUACGAGAGCCACGGCCCAUCAAAGGGUUGUUUCAAGAUCGAUGGGGACCGCGCAGCAUGGGUUCAGGGGCGCGAGAAGGCGCGAGGGAAAGCGAACCAUGCCUGUCCUGAUGACGAGCAACCAGAUGGGAGCCAAAUCACCUGCUGCUCCUUGGUCAUGGACAGCAGCGGCAGAGUCCGCGUGCGCUGACCGCAGUGCCCAGCACAGUCCCACCGCAACUGUCCCCCGUGCGACCGCCAGCGACUCUCACUCGGACU